UAUCAGUAGUUAGUUGACUUUGAGUAAUUUAUGGCGGCCCAUGUCCAAUUUAAUAACUACCGAGAGGGAAUCUUGAUCAAGUUUUAUCAUAAUCUCACCUCCAGCCAGUGAAACAUUUUUACUCACAUCUAUCUGUACCAAUAAUGAUUGCAUGCAUUUGCUGUUGUGUACGCACAGAUACUAUGCAUUAUAAAUGUAUAAAUCACAUUUUUUUACCUGCAAUCCAAUAUAAUCAUAUUGGACAAGUAAAAAAUAUCAGUUUGAGUUAACCCGUUACCCAGUACUUAUUACAUGCAAAUUGUGAUUAUGGAUUUCCGAAGGGAUAGCGCUGCAGUUGGGACGCUCCAUGAACUCGCACCGUCGAAGGAUCUCAAGAAGGCGUUAGAGUGUCCGAUAUGCAAAGAGGUUCCCCUCGCGCCCAUCUACACGUGCUCUUCGGGUCACACCAUCUGCGGAAAGUGUCGAAGUGAUCAGCGAUGUGGGAUUUGCAAGGAGGACUUGUCCAAAACGGCUCGAAACGUCACCGUAGAGCUAAUAGUUUCGAAUUCUUCCUUCUGGUGUAAAUAUUUGUCGGAUGGGUGCCCAAAAAUAAUAAAGGGUUCAGAAUAUCGGGAUCACCUCAACAAUUGCAACUACAGGCGAAUUCACUGCUUCGAACUGGAGAACAAGAAGUGCAUGGGAGAACAAGUGCGAUUCAAAGACUACUUUAAGCAUUUAAAAGAUGUUCACGACAUUCAAGGUUUCCACAUGCCAUUGGCCACCCUGACCAUGUCGGAGUACUCAAAUUGCCUCGCUUCGGACGGACCAUGGCCCUUGUAUUACUUGCAAUAUGACGAUGAAGUGUUUUUACGACACAUGACGUGCGUGAAUUCUAUCGUUUAUUGGUGGUUUACAAUGAUCGGAUCAGCAGAACAAGCCGCAAAUUAUAAAGUCAAGGUUUCAAUUUACAUGAAGCAUAGUGAGAAUUCAAGGGUGGAUUGGACAGUACCCGUUUAUUCUGUUCGAUCACCUCCAGAUGAGCUUGCCAAAUGCUUUAGAGUUGCAAUUCCAGCCAAACAGUUGGAGACUUAUUGUACAAGCCGUCAACAUCCGCAUGGCGAAACUUACAAGUUUGUGAUGAACUUAAAGUAUGAAAUAUUUAUGUAAUUUGUACGGACGUCAAACUUUUUUCCGUGAAAUAAAUACAACCACCAAAUUGAAA